ACUCAACUUUUUUCUCCUAUAUCCUCUUCUUUCCCCUCCUACACAAGGAAGGACAGCGAUAAAAUCAGCCCUAAAGGCUCUUCUCAUUCUCUUUUACAUUCCAAAGCCAAAAAAAAAAAAAAAAAACUCACUACCCUACCCUACCCUUUUGAAAUGAACUUCAAACCCUGGCUCUCUUUCCUCCUCUUGGCCCUGGCCUUGGCCAUGGUGGCUGAGGCUUCUAGUGUUCAUCAUGAAUAUGGCUUUCAUGGUGCUGCUGUGGUCCAUGAUCUCAUUGGAGAUGACAAUGAGAUGUUGCUUGAUUCAGAGACCAAUCGUCGAACGCUCGCUGGCCGGCAACAGUACAUUAGCUAUGGUGCCCUAAAUGCCAACAAUGUGCCAUGUGGUAACCGUGGAAGAUCCUACUACAAUUGCCAGCAGAGGGGUCGUGCCAACCCUUACAAUCGUGGUUGCACGCAAAUCACACAUUGUGCUAGAGACACCAGCUAGAUGAACAAGUGAUGAAGCUGGAAAGGGAGAUAUAUGAUAUAUAAUUAUGUUAUAUAAUAAGUAUUAAUUGUGGCUGGCUUUUGUUCUAUGGAUUAAGAUUCUAGAAUAACUUAUGUGAGUUCUUGUCACACUUACCUAUAUAGGCUUCCCAUUGAACAAAUUUUAUUUUAAUUUGUUGGGGAGGUUAUUUAAUUAAUUGUUUGUUUGUUUAAUUUUUGAGUGUGUUGAUGCUAAUGUGAUAUGCGGACCGAAUUGGUCCCUCUCUC